GCGCAGCCACAUGUUGCAUAAUAUGGCGGACUUCUAGUGAGCAUUAAGCCGACUAUUAAGCCAUGUGAUGUCGGUCGUGAAAUUUAACGUCUUCAAAUAAUCUAGCGCUUGCGAGUUCAGGAUGUACUCAGUUGGUAGGAAAUUGAUUUUCGCAUCUACCGGAACGUUCAGGCGUUUAUUGCUAUCCAAGAAUGUAUUUAACCCAAAUACCUUCCAGGUUCCAUUGAGCUGCUUGGCAUGCAGACAGGUGCAGAUGUUGGAUGAUGGACCUGAAGUCAAGAACACUGCAAUCAGAUUCAUACUGAAAAAUGCUAGUGCUUCCAGUAUCAGAUUCCAGUCAUCUGCUCCGGGUUCAGAAGGCACUGUUGGUGCAAUGGAAAAUAAAGUAGAAAAUGGUGGAACUUGGAUUGAUAAAACCAUCAAGGUUUUGAAAGUGGUGGCUGCACCCUUAGUGAAGAAAACAGUUUUAGUGGGCGGUGCGAGGAACAUGUAUGAGUGUUGUGUGGAAGGAAUGAAUUUUGAGGAGUUCUUUGAAGCCCUUGAAUUACCUGACACCCUACAAUCAUGGUUUCUUGUACUUCACCUUCACAUUUGGAUGUGUUUGGUGCGACUCAAAGCUGAGGGUAAAGAUGGCAGAUAUAUGUACAAGACACUUGUCAGAAUGAUGUGGCUUGAUGUAGAGGAAAGAAUUGAUAACCUGGGGACCAUUGAUUCAGUUCAGAAGCGAGAUACCUUGCAAGUGCUUCAGCAGCAGUUCAAUGGGUUAUCAAUUGGAUAUGAUGAGGGUUUGCUGUGUGAUGAUAGAGUCCUGGCCACAGUUCUAUGGAGAAACCUGUUUCAGAACAAAAAUCGCACAGAUGCGGAGCAGCUUGGUCGGCUGGUUGAGUAUGUAAGAAAGAACAUUCAACACUUGGACAGCCUCCCCACGGAACAUGUGCUACAGGACGGAAGAAUCACAUGGCUUCCUUUAAAUGAGCAGCUUGAUGAAGAAAACAAGAAGGAUAACGAUUGACUUUGACAAAAUGAUUGAAAUUCAGAUUUGCUGGCAGUGGACUGAAUUUUAACCAAUGACUUUCAAUUUAUGUUUUGUAAAACUGAUCCUUUUUGACUUGUCUCUCAUUUCGAAUUUAAAAAGCCUUAUUUAUAGCAGCGAGUUUUGCUCAAAGAAUUGUCGUUGUUAUUUCCUUCUUCACUCUCAUGCUUAAAAAAUAAUUGUCGAAGCCAAGGAAGAGCGAUGCUAUUUAGUUAAGUUCACAAUCUUGCCUCAGGCAAUUAAAAUUUGUCAAGUGAUGUUCAGAUACUGAGAGAAUAUUGACCGGCAAAAGAGCAUUUUGAUUGGUUGAUUUUAGUUAUUGGCCCUCUGACUACCCGAGUCGUGUAAUAAAGUGAGAUAUUCGUGACAACGUAAUGAGCUGUAAAAAAGAAAGAAAAAAAAAGGAUUGCUUAACUGGGAAAAAGAUUUAUUACACUUUUGAUUUCUGUUGUUUAAGAUGAAGUACAGAAAGUUUCAAAGGGAUUGUACUGAGAACAACUCUUUCUUCUGUGGUUUUUAUCUUCUCCUGGAUAAUGAGUUAAAGUUUGCUUAAUUAUUUCCUCUUUCGCAUAAACUAUUUAUCUUUUUGCUGUAACUUUAAAUUUAAAAUUUAAGUGGCGUGUAUUUAAUUUGGGAAGACUUCUGUACAUAAAAGCAUUGUUAAUAAAAGUAUUUGUUUUCAUAACCAACAAA